CCCUCCUGUGCCGUCUCCCCCAGAAGUCCUGUUCAACAGUAUAAAUCCUGGCCAAAGAACAAGCCUGACGUCUCAGGAUUAAGUGCAGAGCCGAUACUGGUGCGCAUACACGUAUGAAUUGAGUGUACGAGUGCACUACAACUUGUCGACUUUUUAGACGGCUGGAUUCUCCUUUGCUCGGACAUACCCACCGCGCCUGCUGCCCGUCAAACGCACUCCAUGCUCAGGCGCGCCUGGAAACCUCUCCUGGGUACCACCGUCCUAGUCGGUACUCCCGCAUAUAUCUAUUAUCGUGAUUACCGGAAACCGACCUCUGAAACUUUUGACCUCUCCGUGCGGGAAGCAGGCCCAGACGGAAAACGCCAGAUGGUCACGCGUACCAUCCCUCUCCUCAGCAAGGACGAAGUCGACGCCCGCAUUCGUCAGAACGCGACGUCCAAGAGCGCGACGCGCCACGGGGGCAUUGUCUGGAAGUCCACGACCGCGCAUUUUGCGUCAAAUGACCCCAUAGAGGACGCGAACGGGAACCUGCUCAUCGAGCGGGAUGCGUCUGACCUCUCGCCGCCAGGGGACUACCUCUUCUAUGCUAUCAUGGACGGACAUUCGGGUUACCAUACUUCUCGCGUGCUUGCAAAGGUACUGAUUCCCACCGUCGCUAUGGAGCUCGCCACACGCGUAAACGACCCCAAGGCGAAUCUGAAGGAUGCAGGUCUGCUCCAGAAGGCGAAAUCGCUCAUCUGGUCCGCUUCCUCUACCCCGUAUGACGCGAACCCUUCCGAUGUGUCGCGUGCCAUCGCGGAUGCGUUUACAAAGCUCGACGCCCAGAUCGUCAAUGCCCCUUUAGAGAUCUUGUACCAUGCCGUGGAUCAGGAGACCCUUAAGAAGAAGCUCAUUCCAGACCUGAGUGGGCACCCCUUGGCGACAUCUGCUAUAGAGACGGCUCGGUCAGGUAGUUGCGCGCUUUUGGCGAUGUUCGAUACAUCGAACCGCAACCUCUACGUUGCAUGCACAGGCGAUAGCCGUGCCGUUGCCGGUAUCUACGAGGAGACUUCGGACGGACAGGGAGUGUGGCGCGUUGAGGCCCUCACGGAGGACCAGACAGGGCGGAACCCCAACGAGCUGAAGCGGAUGCAAUCCGAGCACCCACCCAGCGAGGCUCAGGACGUCAUCCGCAACGGCCGCGUACUAGGUAGCUUAGAGCCCACUCGUGCGUUCGGCGAUGCUCGUUACAAGUGGCCUCGAGAGGUCCAGGAAGUACUAAGCAAAGCCUUCCUUGAACCCAAAGGCGACGCCCUCCGUCCUCCGCCACAGUUGUUCAAGACCCCACCUUACGUCACCGCGACGCCCGUCGUGACCCACCGCCCGCUGUCCUUCCUCCCGCUCCCGCUGCAAGGCACGCCCGCGCCCAAGUCCGCGCUCCGCUUCGUCGUACUGGCGACCGACGGCCUGUGGGACGAGCUCUCAAAUGAGGAGGUCGUAGCUCUCGUCGGCGGGCACCUCUCCGGCGUCCGCGGCACCGUCCCCAAGAGCGCGCUGCCUGGGCUCGUGCGCACGUCCACGGGCGCCGCCGGGGUCGACGGCAAGGACAAGGCCGGGCGGGGCAGGCAGUCCGCAGAAAAGCAGGGAGCGUGGGCGUUCGAGGAUGACAACCUCAGUGCGCACCUGAUCCGAAAUGCGCUCGGGGGCGGGGACGUCGAGCAUCUGCGGAAGCUCGCGAGCAUCCCCGCGCCAUACUCGCGCCGGUUCCGCGACGACAUCACGGUGACGGUCGUGUGGUGGGAGGACGGGCGUGAGGGCCAGGCGCAGACUGAGCAGGUUGCGAUUCCGGUACCGGAGCAGCAGGCGAGGGCGAAGUUAUGAUAGCACGGGUGUAUGGUACAUAUUGAUCAUAAUUCAUGAGUAUUCG